AUGCCUGAACUCCUACAAAGCUUCAUCACGAUCAUUGAUCUUUACCACCAAUAUGCCAACAAGAAUGGGGAGUGUGACAUGUUAAACAAGGGAGAGCUGAAAGAACUUUUGGAAAGUGAGCUUCAUCAAAUUCUAAAGAAUCCAGAUGAUCCAGACACUGUGGAUAUCAUCAUGCAAAACCUGGAUCAAGACCAUAACAAGGAAGUGGAUUUUACUGAGUAUCUUCUGAUGGUAAUCAAGCUGAUUCGAGCUUGUAAUAAAAUCAUUGGCAAAGACUACUGCCACACUUCAGGGUCAAAGCACAGAAACCAUAGUCUCUGGCACCAAGAGGAACAGAGUGAAACAGAAGAAGAGGAGAAGAAAGGGCAAGAAUCAUCUCAUAGUCAUUCAAGCUGGAGUUCAGGAGAAGAGAAUGACUCUGAUUCCAGGAGCUCCAGAAGAAACAUUAAACACAGGCCUAUGUCCAGUUCCAGAAAACUGUGGAAUCAAGAAGGCAUGUCUAGUUCUGGAGAGAAGUCAAGUUCAAGCUACUCCAAGGGACAGAUUCCCAGCUAUGGAAAAUAUGGCUUUGGCUCAAAUCAGUCUUCUAGCUGUGACCAACAUAGGUCUGGAUCAGGCCAGUCUUGUAGCCAUAGCCAAUAUGGCUUUGGCUCAGGCCAGUCGUCUAGCUACAGUCAACAUGGGUCUGAAUCAGGUCAGUCUUCUAACUUUGGGCAACAUGGAUUUGGAACAGGUCAAACUUCUGGUUUUGGACAACAUGGAUCUGGCUCAUGUCAGUCCCCUAGCUUUGAGCAACAUGGAUUUGGAUCAGGUCAAACUUCUGGCUUUGAGCAACAUGGAUCUAGCUCAGGAGAGUCUUCUGGCUUUGGUCAGCAUGAAUCAGGCUUAGGUCAAUCAUCAGGCUGUGGACAGUAUGAAUAUGGAUAUGGUCAAUCUUCCAGCUAUAGAAAACAUGGUUCUGGCUCAAAUCAGUCUUCCAGACAUGGGAAACAUGGAUCUGGUGAGUCAUCAAACUAUAGCCAACAUGGGUCUGGAUCAGGUCAGUCUUCUAGCUUUGGGCAACAUGGAUUUGGAUCAGGUCAAAUUUCUGGCUUUGGGCAACAUGGUUCUGGCUUAUGUCAGUCCUCUAGUUUUGAGCAACAUGGAUUUGGAUCAGGUCAGACUUCUAGCUGCGGGCAACAUGGAUCUGGCUCAGGUCAGUCCUCUGGCUUUGGGCAACAUCGAUUUGGAUCAGGUCAAACUUCUGGCUUUGGGCAACCUGGAUCUGGCUCAGGUGAGGCUUCUAGCUACAGCCAACAUGGAUCUGGUUCAGGUCAGUUUUCUGGAUUUGGACAACAUGCUUCUGGCUCAGGUCAGUCUUCUGGCUUUGGUCAGCAUGAAUUGGGCCUAGGUCAGUCCUCUAACUGUGGCCAGCAUGGAUCUGGAUCAGGUCAAUAUUCUAGCCAUAGUCAAUAUAGCUCUGGUUCAGGUCAGUAUUCCAGCUACAACCAACAUGGGUCUGGAUCAGGUCAGUCUUCUAGCUUUGAGAAACAUGGAUUUGGAUCAAGUCAAACUUCUGGCUUUGGGCAACAUGGUUCUGGCUCAGGUCAGUCCUCUAGCUAUAGUCAACAUGAGUCUGGAUUAGGUCAGUCUUCUAGCCUUGGUCAACAUGGAUCUGGCUCAAGUCAGGCUUCUAGCUAUAGCCAACAUGGGUAUGGCUCAGGUCAGUCUUCUAGCUUUGGGCAACAUGGAUUUGGAUCAGGUCAGACUUCUGGCUUUGGGCAACAUGGAUCGAGCUCUGGUCAGGGUUCUAGCUACAGCCAACAUGGAUCUGGUUCAGGUCAGUUUUCUGGCUGUGAACAACAGGGUUCUGGCUCAGGAGAGUCUUCUGGUUUUGGUCAGCAUGAAUUGGCCCCAGGUCAGUCCUCUAACCAUGGCCAGCAUGGAUAUGGAUCGGGCCAAUAUUCUAGCCAUGGUAAAUAUAGCUCUGGCUCAGGUCAGUAUUCUAGCUAUGGCCACCACAGGUCUGGAUUAGGUCAGUCUUCUAGCUUUGGGAAACAUGGAUUUGGAUCAGGCCAGUCUUCUAGCUAUAGCCAACACAGAUCUGGCUACGGUCAGUCCUCUAGCUGUCAUCGACAUGGGUCUGGAUUGGGUCAAUAUCCUGGCCAUUAUCAACAUGGAUCUUGCUCAAGUCAGUCUUCUACCUAUAGAAAAUAUGGCUCUAACUCAGGUCAGUCUUCUAGCUAUAGCCAACAAAGACAUGGCUCACAUCAGUUUUCUAGUCAUGGCCAACAUAGGUCUGGCUCAGGUCAUUCCUCUAGCUAUGGUCAACAUAAGUCUGGAUUAGGUCAAUCUUUUACCCAUGGUCAACAUGGAUCUGGCUCAAGUCAGUCUUCCAGCCAUGGAAAAUAUGGAUCUAGCUCAGGUCAGUCUUUUAGCCACAGUCAACAUAGGUCUGGAUCAGGUCAGUCCUCUAGCUGUGGCCAACAUGGGUCUGUAUCAGAUCAAUAUUCUAGGCACGGUCCACAUGGAUCUGGCUCAAGUCAGUCUUCCAGUUAUGGCAAAUAUGGAUCUAGCUCGGGUCAGUCUUCUAGCUACAGCCAACAAAGAUCUGGCUUACAUCAGUCUUCUAGCAAGGGCUAUCAUAGGUCUAGCUCAGGUCAUUCCUCUAGCUGUGGCCAACAUGAGUCUGAAUCAGGUGAAUUAUCUAGCUAUGGUCAACAUGGCUUUGGCUCAGGUCAAGCUUCUAGUUACAGUCAACAUGGGUCUGGAUCAGGUCACUCCUCCGGAUUUAGGCAAUGUAGCUCUGGAUCAGGUCAGUCCUCUAGCUUUGGGCAACAUGGAUCUGGUUCGAGGCAUGAGGAGGGGCCUGUACCCCUGACACAGAAUGAGGCCUCGGAGCGCGAGGGCCUGCUCUGGGCUUCCAGCUGCGCCCCGGGUUAUGGGAGCUCUUGGCCCCAGGGAGCGCAGCGCCGUGGAAGGCGCCGUGGAAUAAUGCCCAGUUCUCCCCUGUCGGUCCUGUGCCGGGAAUCGGGCCAGGGGAGGGUGUUCCUCACCCGGCCGCUCUCACUCACCAGCAUCAAAACCGAGGGCUCCCGGGCCACGGACAACUGCGCCCCUGGCGGCCAGUCGGGGCCUCCUGCACCUUCCGUCCUUCCAGACAGCCUUCCUUACAUUGUUUCGCAGAUGGGGUAA